GCUGUGGUUCAUUCGGUAGUUAUGUCGAAUUGUUUAUUACGGUCCUUGUUUGUUACUAUACAAUGUGCGAUUACUAAAAAGUGUUAACAAGUGAUGUGAAAUAACUUUCAAUAACUACGGGUGUUUUUUUAUUCGGAAUUAUGUAAGAACAACGAUGAAAAGACAUUUUAACUGACCAAUGAAUCGCGCAGCUAUCCAGAUGAAUAAAAAUGGGAGAAUCGACUUUCUUAUUGUUGAUUACUCUCUUCUUAUGGGCACGAUGUUUGGUUUUCGCUGAAAACAAUGAAUGUCCGUCGAAAUGCGUUUGCCUCAACCAAUAUGUGGAUUGUACUAGAAACAAUUUAGAGUCUGUGCCAAAAAUUCCUAAGUGGGUGGAAGAAUUAGAUCUCAGCUACAACAAAUUGCAUGGAGAUGCAUUUGAAGGAUUUGAGAGGCUACCAAGUCUCAAGGUUUUAAAAAUUGAUAAAAACUCGUUACGCCUUAUACCUAACUUUCUACAUCACAAUAAUCUUCACGAAUUGAGUCUCAACAGGAAUAACAUUGGUUCCAUUGGCACGGGUCAUUUUCCGGAGAACAGCUCCAUCAGAAUAUUGAACUUAAAUAGUAACCACAUUAAAGUCAUAGCAGAAGAUGCUUUGAACAAUUUGACUAAUUUAGAAGUGUUAAAGUUAAACAGGAAUGAUAUCACAUCUCUACCCAACCAUUUGUUUAUGCACCAAUCCAGUCUCAGAACUCUCGAAUUGAAUCAUAAUAAACUUCGUAAUGUGACGGGACUACUGUUCAAAGGACUCUCCAAUCUGACAACACUUAGAAUGAGAUAUAAUAACAUAGACAAUAUAAUGGAUGGUGCCUUUUUUGGAUUUAAAUCAGUACAUUUACUACAGUUGGACCACAACAGGAUAAGAAGAAUUUCCAAAGGUUGGAUGUAUGGUCUGGAAUCAUUGGUGACAUUGUCUAUGUCUAAUAAUUUAGUAUCUGAAAUUAAUGAAGGCAGCUGGGAACUGUGCACCAUCUUAGAAAACUUAGAUUUAUCCCACAAUUACCUAGCUAAAGUAGAAGGAACCACUUUUAAAUAUUUACGGAACCUUCAGGUAUUAAACCUGAACAACAACAAUAUAUCUGUGAUAGGCCCGGAUGCAUUCAGCCUUAUGUUCAACUUAAAUACACUGCAUUUAAAUAAUAAUAAAAUAUCAUGGACUGUGGAAGAUAUGAUAAAGCCCUUUAACAACCUACAAAACUUGGAAAGAUUUAGCUUGGCUGGCAAUCACAUAAAGUCUAUUAAUUCUCGAGCAUUCGAAGGUCUAACCAAAGUCAUUGAGCUAGAUUUGGCUGGCAAUAACAUAACAUCUAUUCAACGGCAUGCUUUUGAUUCAAUGCCUAAAUUAAAAAGAUUGCAUUUAAAUUCUUCAUCAUUGUUAUGUGACUGUAACUUAUUUUGGAUAAUUAAAUGGAUAAGAGACAAAGCUGAACAGAAAUUUAUUACAGCCACUUGUGCCUACCCUGAUGAAGUAAGAGGAGUAGCAAUAUCUAAACUGAAAGAAGAUAAUUGUGGAGACUCUCCUAAACCUAAAGUGAUGCAACACCCUAAAGCCCAUCUUGCCAUUAAAGGACGAUCAGCAAAUUUGACCUGCACAGCAACAUCAAACCCUUUCAGUAAUAUGACUUUUCUUUGGAGAAAAAAUAACGGCAAUAUUAGUAAUCCACUUGUUUAUGAAAAUGUUACCAUAACUGAUCAACCUGAGGCAACAUCCGUUCUUGUCAUACCAAAUGUUACACAUGCUGACUCUGGUAAAUAUCAAUGUGUUGUCAGUAAUAAUUUUGGUACAACAUAUUCCUUAAAAGCCAAAGUAACGAUAGUGACUUUUCCCCGGUUUACAAAAGCUCCUCAUAACAUAACAGUGAAAACAGGAGAGACAGUUUCGCUGAACUGUGCAGCUACAGGUGAGCCUACACCUGAAAUUUCAUGGCAGAAAGAUGGUGGAAAUGAUUUCCCAGCAGCUCGAGAAAGAAGAAUGAAUGUGAUGCCCACUGACCAUGUGUUUUUCAUUGUCAAUGCAAAGACAACUGAUAUGGGUGUUUACAGCUGUGCUGCUAAGAAUGUGGCAGGCACAAUUAUAUCUAAUGCAAUGUUGACAGUUCAAGAAGAACCUUCAUUUCGUACUGUCACAGAAAAUAAGGAAGCUACAAGUGGUGAUGCUGUAGUCCUGCAAUGUAUGGUAUCUGGAUCACCAAAACCAGUCUUAAAAUGGUCAAAAGAUGGUGUGCCAGUAGUACCCUCUGAACGGCAUUACUUCAUGGCUGAUGACCAACUCCUAGUUAUACUUGCUGCAGAGCCUGGUGAUGCUGGGCACUAUGAAUGUGAGAUAACAAAUGCAUUAGGAACAAAAAAGGAGAUGACAGAGUUGAGAAUCUUGCCACCAGUAGCCAUUAUGGUAAACGAGGAGGAUAUGACAGGAAUUAUAAUUAUUACUGUUGUGUGCAGUACAGUGGGGACCUCCAUUAUUUGGGUAGUUAUUAUCUAUCACACAAGAAGGCGAAUGGCUUCUGCAGUGCCUUCUUUUCCUGCCGAAAGUUUAAAAAUGACACAAGUGGUGCAUAGUGAUAGUGAAUCACCUCAAAUGUUUUCAGACAAUAUAUCUGAGCAUUCAUCGUGUAAAGACAGUGGGACAGGAGACUCGGCUAAACAGACGAGCUUUGAUGGUGUGCCUAUAGAUAAGAGUGAACAAGUGCAUUUUGAGCCUGUUGUAUGUCAAAGUUAUUCUCCAGUGCCAGAAGCACAUAAACUUUUACCUUCUUCCUUUAAACCAUCCAUUCAAGUGUGUGUAAAUACUUCUGUAACACCAGCUACUUAUAGUUUUUCUAGUCACAGUAUUAACAAUUAAGUUUAUAAGGACAUUAAACCAUAAAAUUACCUUACUGAGUGCAAUUUUCACUAAUUGUUUGGAUAGUUUGGAUUUAAAUGUUAGUUUUGCCAAACACCUAUGAACUUCAAAUGUAUACUCUACCUUUUUAACCCAUGUAUAAUCCAGAAAAAAAUAGUUGGUCCAUGAAGUUCUUCGUACUUGUCUUCAAAGACAUGCAAUUAGUGAAAAGGCAUUCACUAUCAGGCAGCUAUAAAAUGAUAAGCUUAGUACAAAUGAAAUAAACUUGCCAGUAUUGGUUUUAAUGUAAAAGACUGAAUCUGUCAUUUAGUAAACGACAUUGUUAUUUUUUUAGUAUUAUUUAAAAAUAGAUAAUUAUAUAGUAACAGUUUAUAAACAAUGUAUAUACCCUAGCCUUGUCAUUAUUGUUGCCUUCCAAUACCUAAAUGUGAUUUGCAGAAAUAAGAUACUACUUUAUAUACUUAUGUUAUAUGUAGAGCAUCAGAAAUGUCAAGUGGCCUAUUUUUGAUCAGUGUGUUGAUUUUUGCUGAUAGGUACUAAAAAUAGGAAUAUGUUCAGUUGUACAUUGAUUUAUUGUCAUUAUUUAUGAUCUAAGACAAGAAGUUUGUUGUUUUUGAUUAAAAUAUUCAUGCAUUUCACUCAUUUUCUAAUGUACCUAAAAAGUAAUCAAUUUAUAUAGUCUACAUAUAAUAUAUUAUAAGAAAAAAAACAUUAGUCUAUUCAGUUACUAACCUGCUCUUGAUCUUGACUGUAUAAAACAGUUCAAUUAAUCUUGUUUUAUAUUUCGGUUGAAUUGUCUUGUUUAUUAUAUUUCAGUGGACAGAUUUUUGUAGUUUGUACUUAUAGUUUUUAUCACAUUUUAAACCGUAGAAACUAAAAUAUGGCAAUAUCAUCCUGCCAUUCCUUCCAAAUCAAUAUGUGAGAAAAAGUAACGCCACUACAAUGUUGCAUUCUGAUUUUUUUUAUCAGACUAAUAAUAAUUAAUAAUACAUCAUUGUAAUUAAUUGUGGUACUGUCUUGGAUAGUCUUAUUCGUUUUUUGCCAAGUUCUUAAAUUCGUCUUAUUCAGCUUUCAUUGUCGUCUUUGAUCAUAUGAAUCAGUUGUUUGCCUGUUUCUUGUUUCGGCUCAUUUUUUAUUCGUCAUUAACUUCUUUUGGCAUUUUCGCUGUUUAAUCUAUGGCUUUCUUAGUCGGGAGGCUCGUAGGUCUGUACAAACUUAGAAGAAGACCAAAAUACGAUAUGACGAAAAAAUAUACCCUCACAUAUUGGAUUUUCCACCAAUCCGCACGAAGCGCUUUGCUUCUUGUGCGCAUUGCAAAGGAGUAAAAUUCCUUGCUAGCGUCUAUAUUUCAAUGCUCAUAUUAUGACCCGGGAACCUUAAAAUCAAGGAUGAACACACUGAACAGGCACCUUCUGGGCCAGCUCGCUCCAUCAUCUCCUUCGUCUCGUCUAGUCUGUGGCAAUGAGUAAGCUCAUUUAUAAUAAAUAAAUAAAAUAAUAAGGCCUAUUACUGACGAAAGCCACGAAUGAAAGAACGGGACGAAUUUAAGAACGGCAAAAAACGAAUGGGACUGUUCAAAACAAGAAACCUCAUUUGUUACAUUGAUUAUUUGAUAUAUAUUUUACUAAGUUCAGCAGCGUAUAAAAUUGUGGCUUAACAUCAUUGUUGAAACAAUCAUAAUUCUUAUAUGAAUAGCGCUUCAUUUUGUUACCAUUAAUCUUCAAGCAAAAGAGAAUCACCUCUUGUUUCCUAAAUAGUAGAUUUAGUUUUGUGAGUUCUGACGCGUUUUGGAUUUUUUGCUUGUUUUACUGGCCCGUAGGAUGAUAAUAUUAGGUACCUACUUUAAAUAGUUUUAAGAUCUGUUAAAGCAGGUUUAUUUUCAUUUCCGUGUUUUCUCUUAGAUCACCACGUUUAUUUGUAUAAAAUAUCUAAUGGUUAAAAAAAUAACAAUGUAACAAGAAAUCAUGACGUCAUAGUUACGUUUCUAAUGAUCUAGUUUAGCUUAUAGUAACUUACGAAAGUAAACAAAUAUGAGAUAAUUAAGUUAUUGAUGUUAAUUAUUUCAUACCUAUAAUAUCUAUUUUUGUGAUUCCACUUGUAAUGCCACUUCAAAAAUGUACUAUGGUGCCUAAAGAUAAGCAUCAAAAAUUCUGGAAGUUCUUAACGCCUGAAAUU